AUUCUUAUUAGAAUUUAAAGCGAGGAAAAAUUUCAGCACGAUAUGUGAAAAUUUUAGUUAUUAUUAAUUAAUUAAUUUGGCGGUUUAUUUAUGACACAUCAUUGGCACUCCCACGAAUAGGAUAGGCUGAACCCUAACUAACAAUUAAAAGUUGGAUUCAACACGGUUCCGAUCCCUCCACGAUUUCCAACUCCGUCGAAUUUUCCAUAUUCAAAUUAUCCAUCUCUCUCACUCACUCUGUGGUUUCAUCUAUUUUCAAGGCACAAUGGUUUUCUGCGAUCAUUGUGUCAAAAACGUUACCACCGAACGAGUCGAUGAAUGUUACUUAGUUUGUAGUUCCUGUGGGAAAGUGUUGGAAGAUCAUUUUUUUGCUGAGGAGACAACUUUUGUUAAAAACUCAGCAGGGCAGAGCAAGGUAUCGGGAAAUUUUGUAUCGUCGAUUCGAAACGAUAUCACUGAAUCACGUCAAAGGACUUUAGAUAGAGCUCGGGAUGAAAUGAGAUAUUUAAGUUUUGGCCUUGGAGUGCAUGAGGAAGAUAUGACCAAUAAAGCUGUGGCCUUGUAUCGAAUAGCACUUGAACGAAAUUUCACCCGAGGACGUAAAUCAGAGCAAGUACAGGCUGCAUGUCUCUAUAUUGCAUUCCGGGAUAAUAAUAAGCCAUACCUCCUUAUUGAUUUUUCAAAUUAUUUAAGGAUUAAUGUUUACGUGCUUGGAGCAGUUUUUUUGCAGCUUUGUCAAGUGUUAAGGCUUCAAGAGCACCCAAUUGUUCGAAAGCCUAUUGAUCCUAGUCUUUUUCUUUAUAAAUAUACUAAUAGUUUGUUAAAGCAUAGAAAUGUGGCUGUUUCUGAAACUGCACUGAACAUUAUUGCGAGUAUGAACCGUGACUGGAUGCAGACAGGGAGGAAACCCAGUGGAUUAUUUGGUGCAGCAUUAUACAUUUCUGUUCUUGCACAUGGUUUUAACUUCUCUAAGCCAGAUAUUCUAAGAAUCGUCCAUGUAUGUGAGGCAACAUUGACCAAGCGAUUGGUAGAAUUUGAGAAUACAGACUCUUCUAGCUUGACUAUUGAGGAGUUGAAUACAAUGGCAAAAGAGCAUGAAAAAAAUAUGCCUGUAUUGUCAAACAGUGAAUUCAAAGGAUCUACUUCAAAAGAUCUACUGUGUGAGCACAAAGCAGAUAGCAAUGUUCCCCAUUUUGCACUUGGACUAUGUGAAACAUGUUACAAGGAUUUUGAUAAGCUCUCGGGAGGACUUGGUGGUGGUUUGGACCCUCCUGCAUUCCAGCGUGCUGAGAGGGAGAGAGCGAAGAAAAUACUUUCUAAGGAAAGUGCCGAUGUGGUGAAGCCGUCAAAUAGUGCAUGCAAGGAACAAAAAGAAGAUUUGGCUACCUCUGUGCUAAAAAGGCACAAUUUUGGGAGCGAGACCACCAAACAUGAUGAGUAUGAUGACUCACAUAGAGAAGAUGACACCAGUGCAGAAGCUCAAGAUGAAUCAGGAAAUUUGUCUGAUAUUGAUGAUGAAGAGGUUGAUCCGUACCUAAACAAUGAGGAAGAGACAAAAUUCAAAAGGAUAAUAUGGGAAAAUGAGAACCAAGACUAUAUCAAGGAGCAAGCUGCCAAGGAGGCAUAUGCAGAAGCUGAGAAGAAAGCUUUUGAAGAAAAUAUGAAAAACUGUCCUGAGGAUGUACUAGCAGCAAGAGAGCGUUAUCAGUCUGCUACUGCAGCUGUGGCAAAAUCUAGAAAGGAAAUGAAGCAGAGACGAGCUCAACAAACAAAAAAUUCAGGGCCUGCUCAAUCUGCUGCAGAGGCCGCUUGCCAAAUGAUGAAAGCGAAGAGACUCAGUAAAAAAAUCAAUUUUGAUUGCUUGGCAAAAUUAUUUGAAGAUGAGCCAGCAAAUGCGGGUAAUCCCAAGAAAGUACGAUUUGAUCUACCCUCUGAUAAUCAUGACAAAUUUCAAUCUAAGGUUGAGGACCAAAAGGAUGAUGAGCUGAGAUCAGCGGAUAAUUUUGAGGAUGGUGACCAGGAUAAUUUUGAGGAUGGUGACCAGGAUUGGGAUAAUAAUGAAAAUAUGGACGGUGCAUAUUUCCCUGAGGAAGAUGAUCAUAGUUAUGAUGUCGAUUAUUACUGAUAAUUUGCUUGAUGCUUUUUCUUUUGCAAUUCAUAUUCAACAUGGCUGGUGGCAGAGGAACCGAAGAUUGUUUAAGCUUGCAUCUCUGGGUGGGCUUUUUCUUUGUUAUAUUUAUUCAAAGAAUCACAAGUCACAUGCAUGAACCUUCAGCUUGAGAGUUGCUAGAGCUGGAAAUUGUUUAGCAGGUAGGUAAUUAUUAUUUUUUGACUGGUGGAAGGUAGUUACUGUCUAGGGUUCAUCUUGGUAAAGCUAUAUAUUAUCUAGCAAAGGUUAUCUAUUUGACAUAAAAUGUGUUAAGAUAUUGUGUUUCAUACUAAAAAGUAUUUAUUUAUCUAUAAAGGAAAAUCAGAAAAAAUUUGUUGGUCUUUUCCAUCAAAA